UAAAAAUCCAAAAAUGCGACCAUGCAAUGGCACAUUGUGUCUUUGGUCCAUGCAUGGGUGGUUUAACAGGGUAAGAGUGGUUGUAUUUGUGAAUCCGUACCGUCAGUUGGUUCAUUCAACAACCCUUGUUGUGUUUUUCUUUUUAUCUUUUUAUAGUUACAAUUUUAACAAGCCAUCGUAGCCACAAACGUAGUAAAGAAACGAAGCAAACAGAUCUCUCUCUAAUAUACACUAUCACAUGUCACUGAUCUUCCAUUGAUGGCUUCUUGAUCAGAUUGAUUGAAUCAAUUCUAACGUGAAUCCAGCGUGAUCUGUGGGAAUCCGAUCUCUCUCUUUGUUUUUGGUCUUGAAAUUCCCUAUAAGGACGCUGAGAAUUAUCUCGUAAACAUUGUUUGGAGAAGCAAUUGGAUCAUAUGAGGUGUUCACUUGGUUGUAUCGGUUCUCUAGCAGCCAAUUCAGAUGUGCAAUUUUUGCAAGUUUGCUAUAAUAAGGAAAUUUCCCUCAGAGUCACACAGGUGAACAAGGCAAGACUAAAUCCUUUGAUCCAAGGAAGCACUGUUUUGCUAUUGCAUAAGCUUGGCGGAGGUGGACACAAGCUAUCAUGGCUAAAGGCGAGGGACGUAUUGAGCUUAAAUUCCGCAUAUAUGAUGGAACUGAUAUAGCACAUAGUACAUAUUCUUCAUCUACCGCAGUUGGUACCCUUAAGCAAAAGCUAGUUGCUGAGUGGCCUCAAGGCAAACCAGUUACACCAAUGUCUGUAAGUGACCUAAAACUUAUACAUGCUGGUAAAGUUUUGGAAAACAACAAAACUCUUGCUGAUUCCAGAAUAACGUUUGGUGACAUCCCUGGGGAUGUUGUUACAAUGCAUGUUGUAGUACAACCUCGAGUAACUAAAAAGAAAACAGAGAAGAAUAAGGAGAACAAGCAAAAGAUGAAUUCAUGCUCAUGCACUAUACUUUAGUUUAGGAAGCAUACAUCAUGGUUGCACUUGAAGAUAAGGUUACAUUUUUCCUAUUUUUAACGCUGCGAAUGAUGGGUAGCCAGUGCCUAUCCAAUACCUUGUGGUCACCUUUUUAAGACAUGUUUGCUUCUGUUAAUGUUCAAUUCAUUUCUCUGUUAUUGUCUUCGGAGUGAAAUCAGAUAUUAGCAUUGUAAAAUUCGGACUUCAACAAGUACAAUAAGAGUGUUGCAGGGCACAAAACUUGGCUAUACGUGACUAGAUCAGGCGGCCCCAACAUUCGAUGAAUGCAUACUGUUUGAAAGUAAAUAAUUUGACAAAACUUGGCCAAGCACCAAUUGACAUUAUUUAAUGAUUCCUUGAUA